GAAGAGAAGGGGGCGGGACUUCUGGCAACACAACCAACAUGUCAACAACAUGCCGGAAUCCUGCAGAGAAACACAAACUGAAGACAAGGGAAGACGCGGGCCACAAACACAGCGGCAAAACACGGCGUCACACAACAUCGUGGCUACUAUCUCUCAGUUUGCAGAUGAUAAUCUCACACUUGUGCGGAGCUUAAGUGGUGGGCUCGCUCUUACCGGGGUGAUUCUAAUAGCGAGGAGCAUCAAAUUGAUCACCAAAUUCCAAGCAGUCUCUGAGAUCCCCGCUCGUUUCGUGGAGAACAACAUCAGCCUCCGCGGGAGAGUUCAUUCCGUCAAGGAGCAAAGCCUCCAAGUGGAGCACGUACCCAUCUUCCUGCCGCUGCUGUCACCUCUGCUUACAAAACACAAAGGUGUGUCCACGUCAACCUUGCUGGUGAACCUCGCCGGUGUGGAUCUGACCGCCGACGGCAAGUUAUGGCUGCAGAGGAACGUCCGUCCCUCUCAGACAGUGUGGUUGAAGCUGAUCAGUCGACAGGAAGACACGCUGCACUGUUUUGUGGCACACAGUAAGCAGGGGGCGUCAUGGUCUCGCUCCAUGAACGAAGAGGCCCUGAGACUGGGUCUGGCCCGCAGGGCUCCUAUCAACGGGCUUUCGCCGGACACUCGCAUAUUCUGGCGUCUGCACAAGCGGCUGCACAGGGCAGAGGUCAAAGCUGAGAAGAAGCGUCUGGGUUUUUGGAAGGAGGAGAGCCGAUGGGAGAGGGCCGUCAAGGCUAUAUUCAAACUGAUACGGAGAAUCUUUGGGAGGACCUGAUUUGUAGAACAUUUUGAUUUCUUAUUUUAUUUGCUGCAAAUUGUUGCUUGUAUCUCGGAACAACUUACACGCGGGGGUCACUUGUAUCUCAAGGCGCCAUUGUACCCUUAACAUUUUGUGCGUCUCUGGGUACUACAUGGUCCACUUGCCCCUCCUACGAGAUCACUGUUGCUAUAGAGCCACUAAAUGUGAAACACAAAGCCUACUCAGGGCAAUAUUGGCCUUGCUCAAACCCCAUGGGAACUUUGUGUGUGUCUGUGGGGGGGAAAAAAAAAAAAAAAAAAAGGGGGGCGGGGGAAUCCUAA